UCGUUCCCUGAGAGAUGUACGAAAAUGAAGAAAAACGUUGAAGAAAGUGGGACAUAAAUUCCCGAAUCCGUCACUUGUCUGGAUCCAAACAAAAAAAUUUAAUGGGGUCCAUUCUGGGCCGAGAACCAUCCUUCAAUCCAAGUUUCGUUGAAAUCUGUUCUGUUGUUUUUAUACUUCUCAUAAACCAACAGACACAACUGGAAGCAUCAACUCCACGGGGAAGUAAAUGAAAUAUAAACAUCUGACUCGACGAAAUAAUACUGAAUUAUUACAAUCACAUUAUGCAGAAACUGUGUUAAAAUGUUCGUAUGUAUUUGAGCCCGGACGUUUCAGUACGCGUGACAAACUGAGAUCCACCAGCUGGCUGCGAGCGGAUGACUGCAGGAGCUUCUGAGAGCCCAGAGCAGCAUGUAACACAUGUCAAAAUGGCCUCAUGCCCGCCCUGGUGCGCCCCGCCAUGCCUGCCGUCCAGACCUCACUGGGCAUGAAGCAGUUCCUCCCGUUUCCAUUGGAUACGGCCUCGGCGGUCCGCCUCUUCCCGGGAUUCAACGCGAUGGACCCGGUGCAGAAAGCCGUCCUCCAUCACACCCUCGGCAUCCCUCCCACCGCAAAGAGGAGGCACGUCUCCUGCAGCGUGUGCCAGCUGAGGUUCAACUCACAGAGCCAGGCCUUGGCCCACUACAAGGGGACCAAACACGCCAAGAAGCUAAAAGCCCUGGACGCUCCGAAGACUAAGCUCAAAGCCUCGGUGGUCACCAAGGAAACCGCCAACCAGGAGAUCGCCAAGGGCAUCAACACCUCGCAGGUCCCCGACGGCACAGACAGGAAAGAUGGCGUCCCUGGAGCAGCACCCCUCCCGCUCUCCCCUGUGCUCAGACUGGCACAGCCGCUGGCAUCCUUGAUGACCCUCACGCCGCUGACGCCAGCACCCGCGGCCUCACCCGUAGUCCCGAGCAGCACGGCGGCCGUCGCCCCAGAGACUCCCUCGGUCGCCGGAGGGGACGAGAGGCCAGCCGAGCUCGGCUCGCCGUCAGAACCGGACCCGGAGCCCGAGGCCGAGCCCGAGGCGGAGACAGACGCUGAAACAGAGGAGGAGAAAGCUCGGCGUCUCCUGUACUGCUCGCUGUGCAAAGUGGCGGUCAACUCUGCGUCACAGCUGGAGGCUCACAACAGUGGUACGAAGCACAAGACGAUGCUGGAGGCCAGGACCGGCGUGGGCUCCAUCAAGUCUUUCCCCCGGCCGGGAGUCAAAAGCAAACUGGCCGUGACCACCAAAUCAUCGACGGGCCUGCAGAACAAAACGUUUUACUGUGAGAUUUGCGACGUGCACGUCAACUCAGAGACUCAGCUAAAACAGCACAUCAGCAGCCGGCGUCAUAAAGACCGGGCGGCAGGUAAACCAGCCAAACCGAAAUACAGCCCGUACAGCAAACCGCUGAAAGGCCAGACCAAGCAGCCGAUAAAGUUGUCUCUGGGUAAGGAGCGGCAGUGUCAGCCUCUCACCACGCAGAUGAUACCCGCUCACCUGGCGGCCGUCGCAGCAGCCGCCGCCGCCGCCAUCAACAACUCUUUCUCGCACCGCACGAACCACGCCACUAACCACGCCGCCACCCCCGCCCUCUUCCAGACACAGACCCUCCCUGCCGCACUGCUCCGCCCGGCCCCUGGGCCUGUCAGGACCUCCCACCCACAGGUCCUAUUUGCCCCUUACUGACCUGUCUGACCCGGGCGGAUCUGAACCGCCACCCGUCAAGGACCAAACCCACCCGCUCCACCCAGACCAGGCGAAGGAGUCGUGGCAGCAUCUGUGCUCCUUUUUAUGCAUCCGGGAUACUGAACAUCCUCAUACUGUGAUCGGACCUUUACCACGUCUCUCCGCUCCUCGUAUGGAAUAUCCCACCUUCAGAGAUGAGCCGGGCCGCGGUGAAGCGUCGGGUUCUCUCACGAUAGAUUUAUUUCUCUAUUCCCACUGUAACCCUGAGCUGCAGCACACAUGCUUCCUGUGCCAUACUGCAGCCCGUGGCUCACACCCGGACCCUGGACUUGGUCCCACAUUGUACCGCAAUAAUGUAUAAGACUAACCCCCGUGAACUAUGCAGUGUCAUUAUUUCAUGAUGCAAGGCACAGUUUGAGCUAAACGUGUGGUAGGGAUGUGCUUUUUGUAAAGAUACAGCGUGGCACUAAGAUCAUUGCUUUAGUGGAGGAUCACCAUCGCUCAUAAUUUAAAAAAAAGAAAAAAAGAAAAAAGGCUGUUACUGAUCCUGAGAGCGAAGCACGAGCCUCCUCUGUUCCUGUAUGCACUUUAAGCCCCUCCUCUGUUGAUGUCUACAUUAGAUGGCUAGACUGUGUUAGAUCGUUUAGAGUACGUGUCGUAAAACGUGUGUUUCCGUGUUCGUCCUCGCAUAUCUGUACGUGUGUGCAUCUGCAUGGGUGCGUGUGAUUGUCCAUCUGUGUUCGAGUGUGUGUGUGUGUGUGUGUGUGUGUGUGUGUGUGUGUGUGUGUGUGAGAAUGGAAGAGCUCCCACCCACCAUCAUCCAUCCCCAGUCGAUUAUCCAGCACACAUCGUCACUGACCACGUCUCGGGCCAGAGGGACCACAAAGGCUUGUGUAUAUUAACUGUCAGUGUGUAUAAGGUGAACAAUUUCAAAUAAAAAGAGUCCUAAUUUGUUAA